CGUCUACAUUCAGCAUACGUCGGCAAUGACUAUCCGUGGAAAUACGACAUCGCAGUGGGCACCGCCGAGAUGGACUUCUCCGAGACCGUCCGGUACGCGCUAAACGAGCCCGCCUCCGCCGCCGAAUGGGCGCUGCUGCAGAUGAUCCCGACACACCAAGGCUACGUCCGCCUCGGCGCAGAGAAGCGACUCUUCCUCGUCGGCAUGUUUCACUCUCUACACUGCAUGGACAUGAUUCGCCGGGGCCUGCUCAACUAUACCGACGAGCUUGCGGACCCGCCGCACGUCCAGCAUUGCAUGACCUACGUCCGACAGCUGUUGUUAUGCGGCGCGGACGACACGCUCGAGCCCGGAGACUUCGCCACUCGAAACUUCUCCAUCAGAGACGGGGGCAGCAGGCAUACAAGGCAGUGCCGUGACUGGAGUGCGGUCUACCGGGGCGUGGAUGAGAAUUAUCAGGAGUGGCGGGCGUGGCGG